AGGAACAUGUAGCUCGGCUCAAGUGCAGACUGCAGUAGUUAAAUGCUACAAGCUUUUCGUGCUUACGUAGGACUGGGUGUAAAAAAUGUUCGUGAUAAGUGACGUCUUUGCCUGAGGUGAAGACUUCACCGGUGUUUUAAGGCUUUCUUGUGUGGAAUCCUGAACGAUUGCCUUCUUUGGGAGAUCCAGUUAAUCCACGACACGAAAGCAUGGAAAGGUGAGCGCAGGAUAUUUACUUUUCUUCAGUCAUCUGUCCACCCUAUUGGUUAGUGGCGCUGUUCAUGUGGCCCAUCAGUUAUUUCUGUUACUUCUUUCAUUUGCGUAAAACCUGGAUCAAAGAAGGCACAUAAAAAGAAGAAUGUUUCAAGAUCCAAACCAGUGAUAUCUCAGAAUAAUCAAUGAAUAAGAAAGAAAGAAACAGAAUAGCUCUCCCUCUUUCUUCUUCCACCCUCACUUCCACUAAUUUCACAGGAAACAAUCUACAAAAGUGCCUACUUGUUUGAUGUAAUUAUUUGUAGCAAUGGAUUUUCUGAAGAAGAGACUUGAAAAAAUCUUAAAGAAACUGGGAAACUAUCCAUUAAAACAGUUUUGGAAUAAGUUGGGAUCAUUUGAAAGAAAGCACAAAUGUAAGCAUAUUCCAUCAAGUGAAUUGGAACGAGCUGAAAAAUCUGCUCGUCCUGCUGUAGAAAUUGCUCAGCUUAUGGUUGGUCACUAUGGAGUAAAAGCUGAAGAUAUUGCUUUAGAUGUUUUAAAUGAAAUUGGAAGAAAGGACUUGGCUGUAAAAUUUAAAGAUAAUAAAGAAGAAAGCUCUGUGUAUUCAAAAAGAAAAAAGACUGAUUACAGCAAACAUUACAAGGAAGAAAUAAAAGAUAAUCUUGCAAAAAUAAGAGAAUAUAACAGCCUACCAGGGGAAACAGUGGAUUUCAAUGCUCAAUAUACAAAGCUAAUACUUGUGAACAAGCAUCAACAAGUAGAAGAGAAGAAGAUGGAAUUAGAAGCAAAAGGAAAAACACACACACAUUUGAUGGAAAAGCACAGAGACUCUAGUAUUAAUAUUGAGCAUCUCUUCUCUGCAAUUGAAAAUGAACCAAAAGAGCCAAAGACUGUGGUCAUUCAAGGCCCAUCAGGAAUUGGAAAAUCUUUCACAGUACACAAAAUCAUGCUCGACUGGGCCUUGGGUAAACUCUUCCAUGAUCGUUUUAGCUAUGUGUUUCACUUGUGCUGCAGAGAACUGAGAAUUUGGGAAAACAAUAGCUUGGAGGACUUGAUUAUGCAGUGCUCUGACACUUUAAAGCCAGCUAUGCAGGAGAUACAGUCUGACCCCAAAAGCGUCUUGUUCAUUUUUGAUGGCUUUGAUGAACUCAAACUUUUUCCAGAAGAUGGUGAGAGCAAAGAUGGCAUUAAUGUGGCUACAAGUGAGGUGAUCAAAUUGUUGAAAAAAAACAUCCUGCGUGAGGCGUCACUGUUAAUUACAACACGUCCUACUGCUUUACAUGUACUUGAGAAAAUAGUGAAAAUUGAGCGUUGUGUAGAAGUUGUAGGGUUUUUAGAAGAGGAAAUUAAAGACUAUUUUAUAAAAAGUUUCCAAAAUGAGAAAGAAGCCAUCAGUGCAUUUAAUAUAAUAGAAGAAAAUAAAGUAGUGCUGUCAAUGUGUUUUGUUCCCAUUUUCUGUUGGAUUGUCUGUUCAAUUAUGAAAACAGGUGGACAAAACUCUGAACAGAUCAUGAAAAACAUGAAGACAGAUUCUCAAGUAAUGUUACAUUUUAUAAACCAUUUGCUGAAACAUCAUUGUAUGAGUAGCCCAUCUGAGAAAACAGAAUUUCUCCUGAAAGUCAAUAAAUUGGCAUUCUUUGGAAUCCGAGAGGAAAAGAGAGUGUUCACAGAAAAAGACUUGAGCAUGUUUUCAAUAAAUACAGAUAACAAUGAAACCACAUUUUUUAGCAAACUGUUUUUUAAGGCCGAUGCUCGGAGACAUGUGUUAUACCAUUUUUUACAUUUAACAGUCCAAGAACUUUUUGCAGCAAUCUAUUGUGUGUCUCACUCAUCAUCCGAGGAGAUAGAACAACUUUUAAAUGACUCCUUAGACACACAGAAUCAGAGUCUCAUCCAUGUGGUACGCUUCAUAUUUGGUCUCAGUAGUGUGAAGUCACAAGAAAUGAUUGAAGGUGGUUGUCAAAUAACAUCAAAUAACCUGAGGAUUCAUCUUCACAACUGGUUUCCAAAAGCAGUAAUGUCCUUCAGGGAUAAUCCCCCUUUUCUCUUGCAGUUAUUAUACUGCUUGUAUGAGAUCCAGGAUACACAAUUUACUGCAUAUGCAAUGACAGUCCUUUCUCGGCUCAAUUUUGGGAGAUAUACUCUAAAUAAAAUUGACUGCACUGUUAUUAAAUACUGUAUUGAACAUACUGACUCACUGGAGCAGCUUGAUCUUUGUUCUUGCAACUUGGGAGAGAAAGAAAUAAAAAUACUACGGAAGGUUAUUUUUAAAAGCCAGGACAUAAGGAUAAGUGCAACAAAUAUUACAAUAGAUGCUGUAGAAGAUUUCUGCAGAAUUAUCUCUGCACAAAAAAUGUAUAAUUACCUGCAAGUUUAUGUACAAAAAACGGAACGUAUGUAUAAUUUUCUUCUACAAGCAAACAAGAGUGAUGCCGAGACCAGUAUUUCAGUCUGUGAUGUGUCUGCAUCAUGCCUAAUCCACCUUUUCAAAAAAAUAAUACCAAAGUAUAAACCUGCCUACAUCCAAGUUUCUGGUGAGUUUGAUAGAGAAGCAGUGGAUACUUUUACUACAUUCCUGAAAUGUGAAGACUAUACACCUAAGCACCUGAGCAUAAAAACCAAACACUCGAAUGAAGAUUCAGCAGAAUGGAUCUGCAAUCACCUUUCCUCACAUUACAAAUUUAAGUGUGCAAAAUGGGAAUUAUCAAGAAAUCAUGAAAACUGGAUUAUCCUAAAAUAUGAAACUGGAAUAUACAAACCCAGGUAUUGCAUGUAAUAGUAAAAAUUCUACUCUCUCCUUAAUAAAAGAGAACUGUAAUACACCAGUUGCUUGUAUUCCUAGUGGUGAAAUACAGUCCAUUACUUGGUAACUAAUGCUCAUUUAACUGACUGGCAUCCUAGUGAACAUUCAGAUUUUUAGGUAAGUUUCCAUCAUGUGUAUUCAGAAAUCUCUCAUUUAGGUAAGCUCUGUCAAAAAA